AUGGAAACUGCCGCCCAGUGUGGCCGAUUGAGAAUCUGUAGGAUAUACUUCUACGGCAAGUUUGCUUAUUCACAUCAGUUCUAUCCCCUCCCGAGUGCCUGAGGUCUUCGUUUAGCCGGUUACUCUCUUUUUUGGCUCAAGACGCACUCAGUUUGUUCAAGUACCGGCCUGAGUGAGGGCAAAAAUCGUUCGCACUUGUUUCCAUGUCGCCGCCCACCACUUAUUGCUCUUCAUUUACGCACGCAGUGGCAAUGGGCUCCCUCCCCAUUUAAGGCCCUUCGUAGACUAAUGUCAGUCAUAACGUCAACCGACGACUCCCGUACCCACUCCAUUGUAUGAAUAUCUUAGCCACCCAGCGUGCGCAUGGGAGAUGCCGAAGUAUCCUCAUCUUUGUUGUUAGCGAUCUUCAUAUUACCGUUAGCUUGUUCAAUCCCACGGUCCCGUCGGCGUGCUAGCAGCAAUGCCAAUCUGGGCGUUAGUGAUAUACUAGGACUUUUAGGGAACAGGUUAACCUGUCCGCCGUGAACUUGUUUGCAGAAAUGCUCGACUCCGAUACCCGAUAUUUGGUAGGAAACUUGAAAGGGCGCGGCAUCUUAUUUGAUUGCCUGCGCAUUUAUCGGGAGCAAUCGAUACCCACAUCGAUUAGGUUCGUCAGCGCGUUGUGCAUCUCUGCACAUGUGUUUCAUACCAAAACUCGUACUUGCGAACAUUCAACCUCUUAGCAAUGUGGCAUAAAUAUGUCGUAGACCGGGACGAAACUUCCCGUUUAGAAUAUACGCGGGUCCCUGCUUAGGUCAUUUGGGGCACCGUCGGUCAUUAAUCUCUCUCGGCAUUUGGCGUCAUAUAAGUAUGGUAGCGAUGUAAGUACGGAUUUAUCGUGAACUAACAUCCAGAGGAAUAUCAUUACCGUUAGUGCAAGCAUAUCCAACAGGACACUGCAGUAGUCUAAGGAUCCCUGCCUAGAAAUCCUCCGAACUAUCAACUCCUUGGGAGGUGUACAACCUUCGAGAUUGUCGAUAAUAUAUUUUCCCUUAGACCACUCCCUCCGACACACCUACUCUUAAACAGCUGUUUGCGCUGUUCGUAUCGACUCCAAUGUGAAGUUUAGCAUGGAGAUGUGUACAGUCAACUAGAUAUCCACUAUGACCGCGAUUUAAACACCAGCACAGUAUGUGUCCUCGAGUUUUGGAAAUAAAUAAUUACACUUACCAAGCAGCUAGACAAACUGGCACUAACGAGCUUGUCAAGAUCUGCUUAGCCGCAACCUGUGUAGCCGCCGAAAUCAAUUGCAGAAAAAACCCUCCCAAAGACUACAAAUUAAAAUUUUGAGACCUGUCUGUUCAUUGUUUACUGCGUCUGUGAAGGUCUCUCCAUAGUACCAUUGCCCAGCUUUGGGUGGUACACCGCAGCAACGAUAAGGCUGACUAUAGCACGACGUAAUCACAAGUGCGAUCCUCGAUGGCACCGAAUUUUACUAUACGAAUGACUUCGGCCUGACCAGUCGGCACAGCUUCGACAUCAUUCCGGGUACAACUUGCAUCGACCUCAUUGUGGUAGAAUUAUGUGCUGGCGGCCGAAAAGUCAAUAUUAUGCGAUCAGUAGUCUGACAAGCUGCCCGUGGAAACCUGAGCAGCAUCAACAUGUUACUAUGCAGAAUCUUUCCUGUGUGCCCUUUCGUUUUUCGGUGUUAGUGGCGUACUCAUAUUCCACCGAACAUUGCCUAGUACUCUCAUAAACAAGCUGACGGAUACCGUGGUCGUUAGUCACAAUUGAAAAAUCCGCACUAUGAAGGUCCAGGAGUUAGACAUAACUUAUGUUCGCCAGUUCCCCGCUUGAUGUUAUGGUUGACAUCCAGCCCGUAAAGCAAUAGUGCCAAGAGGGCCACUCACGAUCGUUACGCCACGGGCAGAUAGAAGCUAAGUCCUAAAGUAGGCCGCUUCUUUCAGCGCUCCAAUUAGUAAUUUGAAAAAAAUCAAUCCUCAUUUGAUGUCAUACUUCCAGCUGAUAAAUAUAACCUCGUAUGCGCUUUCUGAUUUGCUGAAAAUUGUUCAGUCUGUGUGACACCAGGUCUGCCUAACGGCACGAGGACAGUGCAAACCCUCUUUCUUUCUACGAAGCAAAGACAAGUCCUAGCUCUAUUUUCGUCCUAACUCGGUGGCUGGGCUGUAGAGUAGCGUCCGUCCUACCGGAUUGCUUCUGCAAGUUUGUCCUAAUCAUCCCUGUUAUACCCUAACAUGACAAUCGUCUCUAUUCCUAACCACCCUGGCCACAACCACACAUACAGCAGACGAACAAGGGAUUCAGGUCCAGGUGAUCUUCGUCGGGUACCGGCAAACGUUUUUUGCAGUUUUGCGUCCUACUCCUUCCGGUAAUUAUAACAGUUCUAAUUGAGACGGACAAAAGCGAAUGGGGAACUCGUGCACCCAGCUGAGUGUAUUAGUAGGCCGACCUCCAGAACUUGCGCUGGAUGCUCUGUCGACUGUCCUUCAGUCGGGCGAGGUCACAGGGUACCUUAAGAGUUUAGCGCAUCGUCCUGUACUGUUCUCGGAUGUUCUUGCUGAAAUAAAGUUAAUUUUUUCUCUUUCUUUUUACAGCGGGACUAGCUUUCCUUCCUUUCUUCUGGCUGGUUAAUUCGAUUUGGUUUUUCCGCGACGCUUUUCUGAGCGAGAGCACUCCUGAUAGGAGGCAAUUCCGCUUGUGUAAGUGUCACCCUCUACACCUUCUCUUAACUCAUAACUCUCACCCUAGUUGUCUCCUUGAGCAUUGUUGGUGCGCUCCUGUGGUUUGCCGGACUUCUGACCUGGAAUUUGAUCUAUCAGUCCUAUCGACCUUCGUGGGGAGAGCUUGGUGAUCGCCUCUCUUUUAACAUCCCUGCGGGAGUCUUGUAAGCCCUCAUGGCUCCGACCACUCCUCUUGAAAUCUCAGAGCUUCUACAAAUUGAAGGAGUAGUGUGUAGUGUGAAGCAGCCCGUACAACGUGAUAAAAACAAUAUUUUGAUAUCGUCAAAACUGAAAGUCAUGGUAAGCCUUUUUUCCGUAAAUGUUUUAAGGAGAUCUGCUAGUGCAAAAUUUUAAGGCAUGCAGCGACUUGUACCGUCGACACUAGAGAAUUCCGAAAUUUUCUGCUGACAGUCAUAUCUAUACUUCCGUGCAGUGCCGACUGAUGUUCUAUGACCUUUACGCCCUCGUUGACUUCAUUUCGUUGUUGUUGUUUAUAAUCAUAGCACGCGAAGGCCGGGGCCUAGCUGCAUUCUUUGACGUCAGAGUCUCAAUAGAAUCCAAAUUUAUCAUUUGUGUGUUGCUAGGUUUGCCUUUAGCACAAAAGCUACCACUACUUAUCAUUAGUUCUGUCAAGCUCGGACAUGAAUUCGCGUUUCCAACAUCGAACAAAAAGUUCCAAUCAUAUGUCGUCAUUUGCUUAGCCGUUUCUUCUUUAUUUUUUUUCAACAUAUUUUAGGAGCAGGUAUUCAUAUGCAAGGCUGCAAUUGACCGACUGCUCGGAGAGGCCAGCUCUAAAAUCGACACACAGACUGACAAUGACGAACUGUUUCUGUGGAUUCAUGGUGUUGGCAUAGGAGCCAUUGAUCGGGCCAUAGAAGUGGCCCAUAACCUGUCUACCAAGUUUUUUCCCAACCAGUUAAAAGUGUUUCUCUUUACGGAAAAUUUGGAUCUCUCGGAAGAAGUAAGCCGUUUUGGUCAAUUUAUUACCUCUAGUCAUAAUUGUUCCUUUAUAUGGGAGAGGGUUUUCAUCAACGGCCUCCAAACUUCCCAUUCCUGUUUGACCUUAAUGCUGCAUGCUUCCAAGUGAGGACACACGUUGAACACUCCACUGUUUAUUUUUUGCGAAAGCUCGCUGGAAUUGACGAUCGUAGAAUACGUAGUGUGCGCAUGCGGUCGCUGACCCUCGUAGGUCUGUGCGACUGAGUUACCACAAAUACCCUUGCUAUCAAUAACUAGCAGACGCAUGUGGUGUCUAUGAAAUAUCUUGACUCGGGCACUAGUUGCCCAGCACGACUCCAUUUGGGGACUAAGAUCUCACGUGAAGACGAUAGUUUGGGUCAGAAUCAUAGGUAUUCUUAGGAAGUCGCUGAGUAAGUUGCGUAGUAAUUGCCAACCAAAUCAGGGUAGGUGCAUCCCCCUCUAUAUAAUUGGUUUUAAAUGCUUGCUGGUGUCACGUGUCAUCUGUCUGUCUGUCUGUCUAUCUCUCUUUUAUUAGGAAGGGAUUAGUGGCCUGUGUGUUAUUUAAGUCACAAAAGCUGCCAUUUUGUCGGUCAAGUCUUUUGCUCAUGGUUGUAGCACUUCUGUGCUGCCAUGAAUCCACGAAAAUAAUCUGACACUUCAGGUUUUUCUUCUGUUGCCUGGCCAUGUCUGGCUGUAAUAACUAGUAUCCGUUUACUCAAUGUUUUUGUGUUUUAUACGCAAUCUUCCAAAAGUUUUGCUGUUGAUAUCAAUGACUCUACGUAUACAAUAAUGAUCCACCGCAACCUUAAUGUCUUCCUCAAAUGUAGCUAAUCCGUGUCAACAAGGCGGGCGAGGUCAUCGAACGGGAAAACCGCACAACCAAACCUGCGAUUCACAUUCGUGUUUCAGUUUUGUGUCCCUCUCCAUCCCCGGUACAAGACGCUCUAACCUGCCCAGGCUCUGAGUUCCCUGUCCCUCUGCAUAACUGCACAGUCUUUCAUUUUGCCUGAUCACAUAGCCUUUUGUAAAUGGUGUGAAACCAAUAAAACCCAGUCUGCGUCAUAGUCUUCGUUUUUGAUUUUAUAUCUCGCAAUCGUUGCUGAGGUGCUCCUUCACGCCCGCUGUAUACGUAUGCGUUUCCCCGAGCAGGUAUGGCAGUUUCUAUUAGUAGACGUUGACAACUUACUGACCCUAGGUAGUAUAGAGUUCCCGACUUCGUGGUCUCAGGACCUCAAGUCGUCCCGCGCACCAAGUCAUGUUUCCCUUACCAAGGCUUCUGUCAGAGGAGCUGGGGGAGGGUAGGAACUCUCGCUGUUCUCCUUAUCUGCAUACUGCUCAAGUCGUGGGCCUUCAGUACCCGUUAGAUUGUGUGUUCAAUGUCGAAUCACAAGUGAUUCUGACGAGUCUCGGCAAUAUUUUCGUGGAGAGCGCACUGUGGACUGUGCGGGAAUUUGAACUACUAACAUGGCCGUCCCUUUUGACCCAUCUGAUGACAGCAAUUUACUUGUGCUUGGUAAGGCUGGGAUCAUGCCUUAUUCAGCCGGCCUCGAUGAUGUCACUUAUUGUACCUCCACGCGUGACGAGCUGCGGUAACGGAUCUGGACAGCUCGACCCAUUCCCUUCUCCAGUGACGUAGACCGAAGGUUUAAAGGGCCGCUUCCAUGUCUUGACAAUCUGUCUCUUGAGUUGACCUCUUUGACGCCUCCAGGUGGGCAACGGUGCCGGAUCGAGGGCGGUAAUACUGACUUUGUGGGAUGGCAACAGCAUGCUGUGUCCGUUUGGCACUGUUUGAUUGCUGUCGUUUUAGUUCGAAAGCUGGUAUUUGUCCGGUGAGUCCACGCCUCAAUAUUAGACGUAUAAAUUCUUUUGAGUACCUCCAGUUCAACCAACCUGAAUUUAUUUUUGGGUUUGAGUCAGGCUGUACUUGUUUAACAUCGUCAAACUGGUCGCAAUAAGUCGCUGCUCGCUGGACCUCCCCUCUUCUCGGCUCUGGGCUUUUCUCCCAGCACAUUCGUCUUUGAUUCUAGGGAUGUAUGACUUGUUGGAUUGAAAAUGCUCCCCCCCCCCACAGCAAAGGCAAGUACAUGUCAUCGCCGGUUUGAUUAUAUCUGCUUUUGCAGGACUCGGCGUGACGGUCAGGUAGUGCGCAGGGUAACAUCAUUUCCGAAUGUGCCGCUUUCACGGUAUAUAAAUGUACCAAGCAACUAAAAAGUUGCAGUAUUGCCUGAAGGACAUAUACUUGACUCGUAAAUUUGUGGGGAAGCAUCCCGGUCUUCUAUGUUGCUGGAUGCUAGGCUCGUUUCCUAGAACGUUUUCAAGAGCCGAACAGUGGAAUCAAGGCCCAACUGCCAGAAGUCAAGAUCAUCUAUCUGGUGAGUGCUUGUGAAUCCACUGCCUAGCUCUUGAGCGGCCUGCACUAUGAGGAAUGAGCGACUUCUAGAAUACCCCAACUUCCUCGAGCUAGGAGCGGUAUUCAUAGUCUUUAAUGGAUUGUGGAAUAUAACACAGGCGUUCUGCUUUGCUCUACAACUCUGGGCCCAAGUCUCAUGUUUACCCGGUCUUGAGUUAAGGUAUGGCUUCGCGAUGAAAAGUAAAAUGCUGGAAGUGACUGCCCAACUGUUCUUUGUUUUCGUUGGCGUGUCGUCUCUGUGAACGUUUGUGUUAUAUUGGUGAGUCUGACGCUUUUUACUGCUGGAGGACUGAUGCUUGGAUAGAUCUGUUAAAGAAAGUUCUAAAGGAACACUUGGCAUCUAAACUACCUGAUAUGUAUACUCUCAGUGAGGAAAAGAGGACACUUUGAAAAAAACUAUUUUAUGGUCCUCCACGAAGUUAUCAAAAACCAGUUUUUUGCAAAUAAGUAAAUGUGCCAGUGAGCGAGGUGCUGUGCGUUGGGAAGGAUAUGCCUGAGGCGUAAGGAUCAACUUUUAGACGGAAAUACUACGUAUGUUCACUAAGACACUCACUGGCUCCUUAUUGAUCUCGACUUCCUGAUCAGAGAACCGGCGGCGAUAAGUUGCUGACAGCUUCUUCUGAUAGGUUUUUUCCCUUAGCAUUUGCGUUUGGGUAUCUAGCAUAGUGUUAGGUAAUUGGACUUGGAUAUUAGUAACUGACCAAGACAGCCUUCAGUGAAAUUGACCGGUAUCUCCACGAACUACAAACCAUAUAACCCAAGUCCAUCCACAGAAUCUGGCCGUGGUUUCACCGCUGCCCACCUCUUUUUCAGCACUGACUGAUGCUUUUCGUCAACACAUAAUGGCCGCCAUGACCUCCCUGAACUCGAGCAUUGUCUUCUGGAACGAGGUGGAGAUAAUUCCACGCAGCAUCCUCCUUAUUUCCUCCGGAGCGGGUGGCGAUCGUCUCCUCUUCUGGCAUCCAGUUGUCGCCAGCCACUCGGGCAACAGCCAAAAGGUCUCUACAACCAGCUGCGGGGAACGAGAACAGACCAAGCCAAAGUCCAGCAAUGAAACAGUAGGCGCUAGCCAGCGCUUGUAAGUCGGUUUCUCCUGUCCUGCGCGCUCUGUUACACCCUUUUGUCACCUAUGAGUGUCGUUUGAUUGUCGCAGGACGGUUGUCACCUGUACAGGUAGAAUCUUUCUUCCCUCCUUGCAUUUGAAGGGUAGAUUAUUUGAUAGCGGCACAAAUCAAAUCUAGUCAAUUUGAGCCAGCUGUCGCUGGAAGAGAUCGCUAAUGAUCAUACCUCAUAGUGUCCUAGUUGCUAAUUGUGACGGAAAUUGUGCCCUUUCAUAUUUUCUUUUGACCUCAUCUCAUGCAGGAAGCAGGCCUCCGAAAUAUUCCCCGCAGCGUCGCAUCCCCAGCCCUCGGCGCAUGUGAGCUCUUAUCCUGCCAUUAAUUGAACAUUGCUGUUAGAUGCCCAUUUGUGAUCCAGCGGGUACGAAUAUCCGCCGGUUUUUUUAUGUGAUCAUUACGCGAACACUUCAUGCCUCCCCGCUUUUCACUUGGUCUGCAAGCAACCCGCGCCGGCCCGUUCUCUGGAUUCGAACCAGCGUUCCCUUUGUCGUAUGGCACCCUCUCAUUACCAGAAGGUAUUCAUAUGAGCGAUGAACGCGGAUCCACCCCUUCCACUGCUGUAUUUAAUACCGUAUCUACUACACGGAAUUUCGUGGAUAACUUCUUCCUAGCCGAGGUAUCCGACACAGUCCUUGGGGGUGUUCUGGUUGAACGCCUAAAGCUUUUGUGACCUCAUGGUAAUUCCUUAACCUAUUCGUGCACCACCAGGCACAUUAAGCAAGACGCAACCCACAGAGUCCUGAAAAUCAAAUGGAACGAGGCCCCACGAGUUUCUAUAUUUGAAGGCGCAUUUUACUGCACAUGUGAUAUCUGACUCGUGAAACCGCGCAUAGUUUUUCGUCAGACGUCGUUAAACUUUAAGUUUAUUCACCGGACCUUUUCAGGUGUGGUCCUCGCAAUAAAUAUUCCGCUCUUGUUUCUCAUAAAUCCAUUAGACGGUACUGGGCUAGAUAGAAGCUCACCUUCGACUCUUCGGAAUAUCAGAUGACCAUCCGAACAACCUGACAAGUCAUAGUCUGUGUGAAAAUUGUGUGUUUUAGUGGUGCAGAUCAUUAGGUUUAAGGAGAUCACAGAUCCAAAAAACUGCCGUCCUGGAGCAAACUCCAAUUGUCAAUCUAUUAUCUGGGCUACCAGGUGACCGUGGCCGCUAAGAAAACUUAAUACUGAUGGAAAGACAACCGAGAAAGCUACAGACACAAGCCGACGACCACUGUACACACUGUGCGAACUAUUCGAGCGUGAGGGCUGUCGACAAAGUACCAUGCAGUAGACGCGUGCAAAUCAAGGGUGUCUGCCUCUGCCUCAUCAUGAGAAAUAGCGUUAAAUAGGGAGGGGGGGAGUAGGGGAGAUAAUCCAUCCUUAUUGUCCAUUGACAUCUUAUGGGCCCAAGAUUGGUUAUUGACAACAAAGGAAAUUCGAUAAGGUUUCUCUGUGAGCACCCUCGGAUUACUCAUCGGUAGAGAUGUCAAUCUACAUAAUCCCAAAGGAUAAGCGGAACGGGAUUGAACCAACCACGAUCCGGUAAUAUGCUUUAUUGAAAUCGUAUUUGUGCAAACACAAAUUACCCAUAGAGUUAUUUUACUUGAACAGGUUGAGAUUUAUAACAUACUUGACAGCAAAGGUAAUAGCUAAAAACCUGGAAUUCCCUGUAUGCUUUCUGGUGGAUACUCCAGUUUCAAAAUUGCAGAUUUUUCAUUUUCUCAGAAAUUUGCCGUUAACUUGGAGUAGGUCAGCCUAUUUGAGAAGUGUAAGCUCAGACUUAAAUUCGAUAUGAGUAUUUAGGUCGAAAUCCAUCAGCCACGGCGUAAUGACCGCAUAACAUUCAUAAACUCCUAAUAGGCACUCAGUAGUACAUGCAUAGGCCGCAUGAUGUACUCUAUAUGGUUAGAUCACCUUUCCACACUUAUACUUCAAACCUAAAGUAGUUCGCCUACUUCUCGAGUGCAUUACUUUUGCCGCGUCGGACUUAGCCUAAGACCAUUUUUAAUAAUGUAGCCGCCUGGUAAUGUCAGCCAAUCUCCUAAUGGCAGUCGUUCAGCUAUCCUAAACAGUGAACAUAUAUUACUUCAAGCUGCAGAAUCGACAUCGUAAAUAAAUAAAGAUGUCAAGCCCUCCAAGAGGGGCUACUUAGACCACUUGCAGCCCUCAAUUACGUUUGAAAAUCUCAAAGUUGUUACGGCGAAGCCGCCCUUAUUGUCGAGGAGAGCUGAGAGGAGAGUUCAAAAUAUUGCGUAUUUUGGUUAUCGAGCCUGUUGGAUUUACCAAAACUGCUCCACAUCAUCUUCUCAGGUGCCACACAAGGGGAGGUCUCCUCUCCCCCCGCCCUCGUUGGACAGCAUUCCUUUGCUCGCAGGUUGUCCACCCGUCGUCACUGCUCCCGUCUCCGCGCCGCCCUCUACCAACCCGCACUCCACCGUGCUCGCAGGUAGUGGUGGUGGUGGUGGUGGCGGACAGGUUGGGCACUUGAGCAACUCAGUCUCCAGCACUGUGGUCGGUUCGCCCUCCCAACUCGGCGUCAGUCCUGCCAUGGAGGCAUCAGCACCCGACAUGUUUACCUCAAUGGGCCGGAGUUCGGUUCCCGCCUGCAGUUCUACCGCUUCCACUGCUGAAAUGCUCGUCGAGGGCAUGCCUGUCAGCUCCCUUCUCAGCCUCCUACAUCCCUCUACGCAGCAGAUGCAGCAUAAAAUUUACGUCAAGGUAGAUAGAUAA